AUGCCAAUAUGUAGGUCCCGGCUCCAACCAUCGCGCGGCAUGGUUCUACGCGCCCCUCUUGCAAGACUUCGUCAGACGCUGCCUCGCCUUGUCCGACAAUAUGCCCAACCUUCAUACAUCGGAGCGGAUGCGAUGUCGACUGUCCCUUCUGCCGACAAGGGCGUUUCAACCGAUCAUCGGCCUCCAGAACCAGAGCCUCGUCACCCAAGGUCAGGCCCCCACGAAAAAAGGUCCUCGACGACCUCGUUUGCCGCGCGCCUCGAGAGCGCUCCCAUACGACCCCAUCCACCUGAACUGCCAGCCCUUGUCAUGCCAACGUUUCCUUCGCCCAUCAUGAUAGAAAUCAAGCGGAGCAGGUACAUGCAAUUCAAGAGUCUUGGCAUGCAGAACUUUAUACAGAGAAUCCGGGACCAGAGGAACUUGCGAGAUCCUGACUGGCGCGAGCUGCUCAUGGACCUGUCCGCCAUGACCCCGCGACGCAAUACCUGGCGCACCGUUGUCCUCGAGGCAUCAACCGCAACUUUCGAUAAGGAAAUUUUCUUGUCGUCAUCUGGUGAUUUUGGAAUCCGGACCAUCAUGGCCAAGAGUGGUUGUGCUAUUGCAACCGAUAUACGUCCCGCAAACAACGAAGGGGGAGGUGGAGGUGAAAAUGUUGCCAUUAUCGUCCAUGGCCCACCGUCUAGAUUGCAGUCUGCUAUUGAUAUGAUCCUCAACACGGUUGGGAAGGCUUCUGUCAAGGCCCUGCCUCCGGCCGUCAUAGCUGUUGAUUCUGUCGAUCCUCAUCAGGCCCGGCUCAGGAAAUCAGGGGCCAGUCAGUAUCACCAUGCCCCGUUCGACGUGGAAGAAGUCACUCGUCACUACGGCCCAACUUUCAAAUCAUGUCACAUAAAUCCCAAUGAUUUCCCCAUGCUAGAAGACAUUCCACGGCCCAGCAGUUGGACGUGCGAAAACCUGGAUUACUAUAUACAACAUAUCACCGACCCGAGGUUUGGUCCAGAGUAUGGUUCGCGUCGCGUACUUGACCGCCCCCGCAUUCGUGCCGUUUCAGAAAUACUUGAGGAAAUCUUGAACGACCCGGAAGCCAUCCCCUUCAUCACGCUCACCUCGUACCAUAGGGCACUGCACUUUGCUGCGCGCUGUCCACCGACUGUCAUCAACUACUGUGCACGAUUCUUCUGGCUUGGAACCCGAAACCCUAAAGGCCUGGUUACAACCGAGACAUUUAACAUUCUGCUAGAGGCCAGGGCGCGGCUCAAGGAUCUCGGCAGCUGCCAUAACUGGAUACGUGUCAUGCAUCGCUUCGGCUGCAUACCAAACCUCAGGACCUGGUUGAUCAUCAUGCGCUUAUUCGAAAGUGCCGAGAUCAGGCGUUAUAUUCUCCACAUCCUGGACGAAAAGGGCAUGCUCGACUCCCCAACUACCAUUCGCCAAAUAGCUGCCCUCAUGUUGUCUCAUGAUACGCAACUCGCAUUGGAACAGGGUUUUGAUUUGGACCAGAUACUUGCCAUGCAUGAUGCGCUGUAUGGCAGACGGGAAAACUGGCUUACGCGCAAGGGCGGCUUGGCUGUCAUCGAGGUCCUCUGCCGCCACGGCCGCUUUGAUGACGUCUGGACGGUGACUGAUCUCAUGGCCGCUCCUCACCGUCCGCCCGCCGCAAGACCCAGCGUCCGGACGUUAAACAGCCUGCUAGCCCACGCCGCCACCCACAGAUUGACCAGCUUUGCAAUCGACGCACUAGCGGUCUACUCUUCAAAGUACGGCGUCAAACCAGAUCGGCUUUCUUACAACCUACUCUUUAAUCUUUUCUGGAAGAGACAAAUGUCACUCGCUGUUGCAACCGUGUGGCACUUUGCCGUCUUGAACGGCAAAGUAUCCAAGAUAGAUUUAUGGAGUACCCUGGGUCGAACGUUGAACAGGUUGAAGCAGCUUGAUUCCCCACCGCCCAAGGCUACGGCUAAGCUCUCCAGGCGACAGAUACGGGCGGCUAAGGCUGGGCGGCUAGGCUCUCUGAUCAGUCCAUUUGUUGCCUCCUUGGCAUGGGUUAAGUCGAGUAUACCAAUCAAGAGCAAGUCACAGUCCAACAAAAAGCAUGCGUCCCGGCGCUCAAGUCUUGUGAAGACAGGCGAUCUGCUCAAGCCUGGGUUUUUUAAAACUUUUUUCCCCUAUAACAUGAAAACAUAUGCAUCUCGCUUGCCUGCUAGGCAUGCGGGUUACAUUCCCGCAGCCCCGCUCCAUACUCUUUUACACCUUGCGAUAAUGAAUGACAUCAGGGUACACAAUGCCAUCUCUUCUUUCGUUAGAUACGCCAAAGGUGACAAGGUCGACGCCACACCAUUCUCGGAAUCGCAAGACGAAAAUUGCACGAGGCCACCUUCCUCGAUGCCAUUGCGGGAAGAAAUGCCCAAGGAGCUUCUACAUGCGAACAUCGUCAUUCCGCUCCGACUCGGUGAACAGCCAGGCAAUCCAGAAGCUCAGGUAUCACGUCCGUCCCAUGAUCAUAUCAAACUGGAGGCGGACUACACGCCUCUCUACUUGAGUCGAAAAACCCGCGCCGAUGCGGAAAAACAAAGCGCGCACUCGUCGGGACAACCUGAAUCUCAAGCCGACUAA